GUUUCGUGUCGUCGCUGGCCGUCAAUCCUGACUACCAUUUGUCUCACUUAUGUCUGGAGAACAUCAAGUCUUCGUCUAUCGCUCGAUGGCAUUACAUAAUGAUUAAUGACAUUAAAAGGAAUACCGUCUUCAGGACAGCCAUUCGCAGAGCUGUCGAAAGCGGUUAUAAUACUGUGUUAGACAUCGGCGCCGGUUCUGGACUCUUGAGUCUAUAUUCGGUGGAAUCGGGCGCUCAUAAGGUCUACUCGUGUGAAGUUUCCGAUAUGUUAUACCAUUUAUGUCGAGAUGUGUUGCAAACCAAUGGUGUUAUCGAUAAAGUGACGCUUUUCAACGACAUGUCCACUAAUUUACGUAUUCCUCAGAUGAUUGAAAUGCCAGUACGUCUUGUGGUGACCGAAAUAUUUGACGCGGCGUUGUUUGGCGAACACGUCUUAACCACCAUUUACUCAGCGCUUAAGAAUUUGUUGGAUCCGAAGCACGGAAUGGUUAUCCCA